UCUCGUGUCUCUGUCACUUUAAACAAAGGGAUCAAGGACCUUGGCAGUCCUGUGAGCUGGUGGCAGGGGAGCGAGGCGCUGCUGGUAUGGGGGCACCGGGCAUCCUGCAGCCAUAGCCCUGGCACAGCCGAUGAUGGUAGCACUCCUCCUGGGGAUGCACACAGGGAGCAGGCGCUCAGCAUCCAUGCAGAUUUCGUAGGGGCAAGUUUUGCAGCCUGGCACAGCAGCCCUGAGCAGCCCCCUCCCGGGUGGUAUGAUCGCUGGCAAUGCUCCGGCUGAGACAGAAAUAAAUCAGCUGUGGGUGAAAUCGGAAGCUGAGGGCAGAGCAGGGAUUGACACAGCAGGGAAUGGACUCCUCCUUGUGCUCUGCCUGCAAGACUCCAUCAUAACAGCGAGCUGCUGGAGAACACAGGGCAUGUGGGCACUGCCUGGCACCAUCUGACUGAGGCCUGGCAUAGGCUGGAAUUAAACAACGUGGAGAAUCUCAGGAGAACCCACCACUCCAGGACCAGGAGAGGACAUUACUGGGGUCUGUUCUUACAGCUCCCAGGGAUGAAACUGAAGAAGCAGGUGACUGUGUGUGGAGCGGCCAUCUUCUGCGUGGCCGUCUUCUCUUUGUAUCUUAUGCUGGACAAAGUGCAACACGAUCCCCCCAGGAGACAAAACGGAGGCAACUUUCCUAGGAGUCAGAUUUCCGUCCUCCAGAAUCGGAUAGAGCAACUUGAGCAACUUUUGGAGGAGAACCAUGAAAUCAUAAGCCACAUUAAAGAUUCUGUUCUGGAGUUGACCGCAAAUGCUGAUGGACAACCCAUCCUGCUUCCCUAUCACACUCCUAAUGGAACCUGGGUGAUUCCACCAGACCCACGGCCCAGCUUCUACUCUAUUUCUCCCCAAGACUGCCAAUUUGCUGUGGUUAAUAAAGGGCAGAAGACCGAUUUACAGAUGCUGGAUAUCUACACACAGUUGCCUUUUGAUAACGUUGAUGGAGGAGUGUGGAAACAAGGGUUUGACAUCACGUAUGACCCUGCAGAAUGGGACACUGAACCUCUACAGGUCUUUGUUGUGCCUCAUUCACACAAUGAUCCCGGUUGGAUAAAAACAUUUGAUAAGUAUUACUAUGACCAGACUCAGCAUAUUCUGAACAACAUGGUAGUGAAGCUACAAGAAGAUCCUCGUCGGAGGUUUAUCUGGUCAGAGAUCUCCUUCUUUUCAAAGUGGUGGGACAACAUCAAUUCCCAGAAGAGGGCAGCAGUCCGCAGGUUAGUUGCUAACGGGCAACUGGAAAUGACAACUGGUGGCUGGGUGAUGCCGGAUGAAGCCAAUACUCACUUUUUUGCUAUGAUUGACCAGAUGAUUGAAGGUCAUCAGUGGCUUAAGAAGAACAUAGGUGUCAUUCCAAGGUCAGGAUGGGCAGUGGAUCCUUUUGGACACAGUUCCACCAUGCCUUACCUUUUAAAACUCUCUAAUCUAACCAGCAUGCUGAUCCAGAGAGUGCAUUAUUCUAUUAAAAAACAUUUUUCAGCCACUCGAAGCUUGGAGUUUAUGUGGAGACAGACAUGGGACCCAGAUUCGGGCACGGAUAUUUUUUGCCACAUGAUGCCCUUUUACAGCUAUGAUGUGCCUCACACCUGUGGCCCCGAUCCCAAAAUAUGCUGCCAGUUUGAUUUCAGGCGCUUGCCGGGAGGAAGAAUUAAUUGCCCUUGGAAGACACCACCAAGAGCCAUCACCGAGUCCAAUGUAGCUGAACGGGCAAACCUCCUUCUGGAUCAGUAUAGGAAGAAAUCCAAACUGUACCGCAGUAAGGUGGUCCUAGUGCCCUUAGGUGAUGACUUCCGCUAUGAUAAAAUGCAAGAGUGGGACGCCCAGUUUUUAAACUACCAGAAACUCUUUGACUACAUGAACUCCCACCCAGAACUCCACGUAAAAGCUCAGUUUGGAACUUUGUCAGAUUAUUUUGACACUCUAUAUAAGAGCAUGGGAGUAACUCCAGGGAUGAAGCCUCCUGACUUUCCCGUGCUCACUGGAGACUUCUUCUCCUAUGCUGACCGCGAGGAUCACUAUUGGACUGGAUACUAUACAUCAAGACCUUUUUACAAAAGCAUGGACAGGGUGCUGGAGUCACACAUACGAGGGGCAGAAAUCCUGUACAGUCUGGCCAUAAAUCAUGCUAGAAGAGCUGGCCUGGAAAGUAAAUAUCCACUCUCUGAUUAUGCUUUAUUAACCGAUGCCAGGCGCAACCUUGGCCUGUUCCAGCAUCAUGAUGCCAUCACGGGCACAGCAAAAGAAGCUGUGGUCAUUGACUAUGGUGUACGGUUGCUCCAUUCGCUGAUGAAUCUGAAACGCAUCUUAAUUAAUGCAGCUCACUACCUGGUUGUAGCAGACAAGGAGAAGUAUCACUACGAUCACUCUGUGCCGUUCUUCAGCACGGAUGACAGCCGGUUGACCCAGGAAACAUUGCCAGAGAAGACAAUAAUUAAAUUAGGUACAUCUCCAAGAUAUCUAGUCAUCUUUAACCCAUUAGAGCAGAAUCGCUUGUGCGUGGUCUCUGUUUUGGUGAACACACCUCAUGUACGUGUACUCACAGAAGAAGGACAGCCAAUGGCCGUUCAACUUAGUCCAGUAUGGCAGUCAUUGACCGACAUGAACCCUGAUAUUUUCCAGGUGUCCUUCACAGCCCGGUUACCAGCUCUUGGACUGAGCAUCUUCCAGCUUUACAUGUCAUUUGAUGCACACACUACCCUUAAAUCCAAUGUCCGUGUGUAUUUACACGGAAGGGACCUGAACAUAAAGAAACAGGAGACAUUCCCGGUCAAGCUCUUGGAUACGAGCACAGAUGAUUUUUAUGUGGAGAAUCAGUACAUGCAAGUGUGGUUUUCUGGUGUCACAGGUCUGCUAAAGGGUAUUAAACGAGCCGGAGAGGAGCAGGAACAGAAAAUCAGCAUGGAAUUUCUUAUCUAUGGAACUCGCACAUCCAAGGACAAAAGUGGCGCUUAUCUCUUUCUACCCGAUGGAGAUGCCAAGUCAUACACUCCGAAAGACCCUCCUGUGGUACGCAUUAUCGAGGGUCCAUUCUUUUCAGAGGUGACUUGCCUUUUUCAACAUGUUCAGCAGACAAUUAGAGUCUAUAACUUACCAGGAACUGAUGGCCUUUCAGUGGAUAUCAGCUCACUCGUUGACAUUCGUGAUCACGUCAAUAAAGAAAUUGCUAUGAGACUUAGCACUGAUAUCCAGAACGGGGACACCUUCUUCACUGAUCUCAACGGCUUUCAGAUCCAAACUAGAAAGUUUUUCAAAAAACUUCCACUCCAAGCUAACUUCUACCCAAUGCCAGUGAUGGCAUACAUCCAGGAUGAGCAGAACAGAUUAACGCUACACACAGCCCAAGCCCUGGGGGUCUCCAGCCUGAAGAGUGGUCAGCUCGAGAUUAUUCUAGACCGCCGCUUGAUGCAGGAUGACAAUCGAGGUCUUGGUCAAGGUUUGAAAGACAACAAAAGAACGUGCAACCGAUUUCGGCUUCUGUUGGAAAAAAGAUCAUCCGGAAAUAAGAGUCCAGGAAAUCAAGCAGUCAGCUUUCCGUCACUCCUCAGUCACAUGACGUCCAUGCAUUUGAACCAUGAAAUCUUAGUGAUGCCCGUGACUAAUGAAAAAGGUGGAGGUCCAGCUCUUAGAUCCUUCAUGCCUCUUUCUGCCACCCUGCCAUGUGAUAUUCACAUCCUUAAUCUGAGGACGCUGCAGGCUGAGGAUGAUGGAAUACCUUCCCUUGACACCGCACUAAUUUUACACAGAAAAGGAUUUGACUGUGGGCUGGAAGCGAAGAAUCUUGGGUUUAACUGCACCACAAGUCAAGGAAAGCUGUCACUUGGAGGUCUAUUCAUGGGGCUAGAAGUAGGACUCAUGCAAGCCAUGUCUUUGACAUUGAUGUAUUCUCUAGCCCCUCAUUCAAACAAUAGUAACCCCACACUCAGCAUGGACCCAAUGGAAAUUUCCACUUAUCGUCUACGCUUCAGCUAACAUCAGCCGCAUGGGACACAAGAUCCCAUUGCACACAAGCCAAGGACUGGAGCUGGAUGGUUCAUCAACCAGUGUGUACCGUUUUCAAGGGCGACACAUUUUGUUCUGUAGCUCGGAGCCCAGCCAGCACUGGAAAAACCCAUCAUGGCAUUUUGGACAAACCAAAAUAACCCUAUAAACCUAGUUAUUGCUAACAGAGAAGUGAGUUGCAGGCUCUUUUAGCACACAAGGAGUUAAACAUCUAGAUUGUAUGUUGAAGAGAGAAUAAGAAGCUAUUUAUGAUAAACUUAGUUUUUAAAAAGAACUAUUUAUUUGGUGACUUUUUAAGCACACCUCCUCUCUGAUUUCUGCCACCGCCUGACAGUCCUCAGAAAACUCAAAGCAAUUUCCCCUGUGCCACUAAAUGCUGCAGACAGGUCCACAAGAAAUGGUCCCAGGAACCCAGAGAGGGAUCACCUACUAGAUGGUAUAUUACGCCUAGAAUUAGGAAUUUUGUCUCAACCAUUGUCAGUAUUCUUCCAUAUGUUAUCUGUCUUUUUUAUACUGUAGCACUGAAGAAAAAGGAUUAUGAAAAAGAAGUAACGUAUGGCAUAAUGAGAUGUGAUGGGACAAUAUCUUGUUUCUGCAACUGUGGUUUUAAAUACAGAUCUGAUACUAUCCCUGAAA